CAGAGAUGAAUUUCCUAUAUUUAAGGGCUUACUUCUCAGGGGCCAACUUCCGUCAGAAUUGCCGGGAUGGCAAAUUCAUAUCGCCAAGACUGAUCCACGACAGCUGAAACGAAUGCUGCUUCUGCAGUCACUGGUCAAGUUUGUUUCCAGCGCGGCUGCCUUCUUCACCGACGGCAAAAGAGUCAAUCCACUCAUCGAAUCGAACCCGUCCAUUCGGUUGCCAGACAACGGCCGAUGGGCAACUCAGUUCCCGGACUAUUGGCACUACUCGAGCGAUGAUGUACCUGACGCUGUGUUGCAUCUGAAGGCAAGGGAAACUCAGCUUGGUAGGUAUUGUGUUGGUGCUGGCAGCGGUCAAACCGGAUACGUCUCUCUUGCAAAUGGUACGCGACAUCUCUACUUUGUAUUGUUUGAGUCACGCCGUGCGCCCCUGCAUGAUCCUCUGGUCCUGUGGCUCAAUGGUGGGCCAGGCUGCUCAUCCAUUGGUUAUGGUCUCUUGACAGAGCAUGGUCCGUGUCUCAUCGAUGGCGAGUCAACGAGACGCAACAAGCGCUCCUGGAACAACAUAGCCAACAUGCUAUACGUUGAUGAGCCUGCCGACACAGGUUAUUCCUUUACCACUGGUGGGCCGACCGCGAAGCGAGCUUCUGCUGCGGCUGAUGAUUUGGUUGCACUUAUUCAGCUGCUCAACAAGGUUUUUCCUCCGUUUCAAAACCUACCACUCCAUCUGACUGGUGAAUCGAACGCAGGAAAGCACCUGCCCUACCUUGCCAAGAAGCUGAUCGAAUUGAAUAAGGAUGCAACUAAGCCGCAGAUUCCACUUGCAUCCAUGAUAUUGGGUAAUCCAGCUUUUGAUUUCUCCAUACAGAUGCCGGCCUGGUUUGACUAUGCUUGCUCCAAUGCUAGUUCCAUUGGCCGCCUGUUCAACACAAGCACCUGCACAGAUAUGCAGUUGCGUCACGCGCGAUGUCAGAAACAUUGGGCGAGGUUUGUCAAAGCUCGAAGCGCAGGGAAGUUCUCGCACAAGCUUGACGUGAAGGCCCGUAACUAUUGCGUUGACAAGAUUCAACACGCUAGCCAAGACGCUGGUUACGAUCUCUACGACGUUCGCCGCCGUUGUCCGGAUCAAUCAGGAGACUGUGAUUCACUGCCAGGUCUUGCAGAACACUUUCUACGUCGAGCUAAUGUGCGAAAAGCUUUCGGAAGUCAGACCAAAGGCUUCUCUUUGUGCAAUUCAACAAUCUUCGGCUUUAGUCUCGACAAUGGAGAUUACUCAGAAACGAUCACUCCAACCUUGGUGCCUAUUCUCGAGUUCGGACUACCCAUCUUGCUCUACGUUGGCGAAAAUGACUUUGUGUGCAAUUACAUCGGGGUUGAAAAGUAUCUUGACUCGCUGUUCUGGUCAGGCAGCACAGGCUACUCCCAAUCGAAGCAGACUGCGCGCAAGUGGGAAGGAGGUUUCGGUUGGUCUUACAAGAACUUGGUCUAUCUCCGUGUGGCAAAUGCAGGUCAUGCCGUGCCUGAAUCUCAGCCUGCCAUAGCACUUGAGCUGCUAGCGAGAUGGCUCAAAAAGGGUACGUCAUUUUUUUGAGCGCAUCGCUGUAUGUCCGCCACGGCCCAGGUCAUUUCAAGUCCUGAACACUGCUGGGUUACUUGCCGGGACAAUUUGUCAUAAACUCCACCUUGCAUCUCAACAACUUUUGGAUAGAGCUCUUUCAAAGAAUCUAAAUGCUUAAAAUCUCAAGCAGUGCUUCUCUUGUGUCCAAUGUGUCACAUCGACCGAGCGAGAAUCUGGAAAUACUAAUCCAAAGCUGGGAGACUCUCUGUUCUUGAAAUUCAGGGGAAAUUUUAUUGGAGACUUUGGGACGGCAAGUCCUUUGUGCCAAGAAAAACGUGUCUCAGACCCGGCUCUGGCAUCCCUGAAUAGCCUGGCGACUUCAACAUGUUGGAUCAGAGGCAGCAGCUGACCCAAAACAUCCCAACAAUCUGACACAGUCGGCAUACACCGGCAGA